AUGGCGACCGCUCUGCUCAGGGACUUUCCCGAGCUAUCACAUUUAACGCGAGAGGACCUCGAAGACCUCCUCGCGGACCCGGUCUAUUUCCAGGCCAUUUUCCACUCUCUGGACAGGGUGAAGGCCCUGUAUCAAGCUCAAGCCGAGCUUGGGAUGGCAAACGAGUCUAUAGCCAAGAAUAAUCUCGCGCUUCAGGAGUCCUUGUACCAGCUGCGCAGCGAUACUAAGGACGCGUUUGACGAGGCCAAGCAGCUAGAGGCCCGCUGGAAGGAGGUUGAGCGCGAGCAGAGAGAGCUCUACCAGCAGCGACAUGACCCCCAGUUCCUGCUCAUGCGCCUCAAGCACGCGACGACCGCCCAGGACGACCUAUCCGAAGCGUCGGCGUUGAGCUUCAUCAAGAGUGUACCGGAUGCAGUACCAAACGGCAAGGAUGUGGACGACUUUGUGAAGGAGUUUAGAGAGCUGCGUAAGACGUACCACAGGAGAGUGAUCUUUGGCGACCGCUGGUCGGCGGAGGAGGUUGCUGGAUUUUAAUGAGAUGUAGUAACGCUGUAAGCAACUUCGUGAACUGGACAGUGCGGCUUUCUGGUACCCCUUUCAGAUAUGUUCGGACAUUUGUUGUACUGCCGUGAUUCCGUCGGAUGUACAUUGUCAUCUAAUCAUUGAAGAUACAGUACCGGUUCAUUGUUGUCUCGUCUCUCCAUCAAUCG